AUUCCACCUACUUCCUUUUCUAUUCUUAUACCUAAAUAUCAUUCACGAUUGUCUGAAUCAAAAGAGUUUUACCAGUUCACCUAGAAUUAAUAAGGGCAAUACAUAAUAAUAAAUAAAUAAUAGGAGAGUCAUCAUCAAUGGGAUUGAAUAUGAACAUGAACAUGUAUAAACGUGUUUCAUUAAAUUAAAGAUAUUGUAGAAGUAAAUAUUUUAUUGGAAAGUUUGAAAAAGGUUUUUUUAAAGGAUGAAACUCACCCUAAAAAUAAAUUUUAAAUUCUAGAGGCAGGUCUUAUCUGAAGAGUUUUUUGGAUGGUAGAAGAGUAAAGAUAUCUCUUACUUCUUCAAACCAAUAAUAAAUAACCAAAUAAGAAAAAAAUAAAACAACAACGUGAUAUGAAAUUUUUUAACCUUUAAGCAAAUUGAUUGAUUAAGUUCUAAUUAAAAAUAAAUAAUUCCGAG